AUGGCCCGCCGGGGGGCCGCCGCGCUGGCACUGGCCCUCGCGCUGCUGGCGGUGGUCCUGGCCGGGGUGGGCGCCCAGGGAGCAGCCCUCCAGGUCCGGGACUACUACGUGCAGGAGACCUGGAGCCGGGAGCCCUACUACGCGCGCCGGGAGCCGAAACCCGAGCCCUUCUCGCCACCGCUGCCCGCGGGGACCCGGGACCGGGAGCGGGAGCUGCGCCCGCCUGAGCCCAGGCCGCCCAAGAAGGCGACCAAGCUCAAGAAAGCUCCCAAGAGGGACAAGUUGGCCCCGGAGACGCCUCCACCAGGUAAAAAUAGCAACAGAAAAGGCGUGAGAACCAAGAGCUUUGAGAAGGCUGCCAAUGAUGAUCACAGCGUUCCCGUGGCCCGUGACGAUGUCAGAGAGAGUUGCCCACCUCUCGGUCUGGAAACCUUAAAAAUCACAGACUUCCAGCUUCACGCCUCUACCUCCAAGCGCUAUGGCCUCGGGGCACACCGAGGGAGACUCAACAUCCAGGCAGGUAUUAAUGAAAAUGAUUUCUACGAUGGGGCGUGGUGUGCAGGAAGGAAUGACCUCCGUCAGUGGAUUGAAGUGGACGCGAGACGUCUGACCAAAUUCACGGGUGUCAUCACUCAAGGAAGGAACUCACUUUGGCUGAGUGACUGGGUGACAUCUUUCAAGGUCAUGGUGAGCAAUGACAGCCAUACGUGGGUCACUGUUAAGAACGGAUCUGGAGACAUGAUAUUUGAAGGAAACAGUGAGAAGGAGAUCCCUGUCCUCAACGAGCUGCCCGUCCCCAUGGUGGCCCGCUACAUCCGCGUCAAUCCGCAGUCCUGGUUCGACAACGGGAGCAUCUGUAUGAGGCUGGAGAUCCUCGGCUGCCCCCUGCCGGAUCCAAACAACUAUUAUCACCGAAGGAAUGAAAUGACCACCACCGACGACCUGGAUUUUAAGCACCACAGCCACAAGGAAAUGCGCCAGCUGAUGAAGGCCGUGAACGAAAUGUGCCCCAACAUCACCAGAAUUUACAACAUUGGCAAGAGCCACCAGGGGCUGAAGCUGUAUGCCGUGGAGAUCACGGAUCACCCUGGCGAGCAUGAAGUUGGCGAGCCGGAGUUCCACUACAUCGCAGGGGCCCACGGCAACGAGGUGCUGGGCCGGGAGCUGACGCUGUUGCUCAUGCAGUUCCUGUGCCAAGAGUACUUGGCCGGCAACGCACGCAUCGUCCGCCUGGUGGAGGAGACCCGGAUUCACAUCCUUCCGUCCCUCAACCCCGAUGGCUACGAGAAGGCCUACGCAGGGGGCUCGGAGCUGGGUGGCUGGUCCCUGGGGCGCUGGACCCAUGAUGGCAUCGACAUCAACAACAACUUCCCCGACUUAAACACACUGCUCUGGGAGGCAGAGGACCGACAGAACAUUCCAAGGAAAGUUCCCAAUCACUAUAUUGCAAUCCCUGAGUGGUUUCUGUCUGAAAAUGCCACGGUGGCAGUGGAGACCAGGGCUGUCAUAGCCUGGAUGGAGAAAAUCCCCUUUGUCCUGGGCGGCAACCUGCAGGGGGGCGAGCUGGUGGUGGCUUACCCCUACGACAUGGUGCGGUCCCUGUGGAAGACGCAGGAACCCAGCCCCACGCCUGACGACCACGUGUUCCGCUGGCUGGCCUACUCCUAUGCCUCCACACACCGCCUCAUGACCGACGCCAGGCGGAGGGUGUGCCACACAGAGGACUUCCAGAAAGAGGACGGGACAGUCAAUGGGGCCUCCUGGCACACUGUCGCCGGAAGUCUCAACGAUUUCAGCUACCUUCACACAAACUGCUUCGAGCUGUCCAUCUACGUGGGCUGUGACAAGUUUCCGCACGAGAGCGAGCUGCCCGAGGAGUGGGAGAAUAAUCGAGAAUCCUUAAUCGUGUUCAUGGAGCAGGUCCAUCGCGGCAUCAAAGGCGUGGUGAGAGACUCCCAUGGAAAAGGAAUUCCGAAUGUCGUUAUCUCCGUGGAAGGCAUUAACCACGACAUCCGAACAGCCAGUGAUGGGGAUUACUGGCGCCUCCUGAACCCCGGCGAGUACGUGGUCACUGCCAAGGCGGAAGGAUUCGCCUCAUCCACCAAGAACUGCAUGGUCGGCUAUGACAUGGGUGCCACGCAGUGCGACUUCACCCUCAGCAAAACCAACCUGGCCAGGAUCAGGGAGAUCAUGGAAAAGUUCGGGAAGCAGCCCAUCAGCCUGCCGGCCAGGCGGCUGAAGCUGAGGGGGCGGAAGAGACGGCAGCGCGGGUGACCUCCCAACACUUGAGACCGGUCCCGGACCCCUGCAAAUUAAACCACCCCCAGAAGUAGCUCUGUAGAGGAUUCACUCCCUAUUGUUUUCUCUGUAAUUCAAGAAGGCCUGGGAGAAUGUGUGUGUUGCAAGGUUGGUCCCAAGGAGGAGGGCCGAAAGCUUGGAAUAGUUCUGUUGUCUUUGUUCCGUUUAUCAAGAGACCUCUGACAGAUCAGCAGAGAAAGGCUGUAGGAGUGAGAAUUCAGCAACUCAACCUGGGAACUGGAGACAGGGAGGGGGUUUGCCAGCUCAGGGCCUCCUGGUUGCACAGGAAGGGAAGCCAGUGCCCCGCCCCCCCGCCAUUUGCUUGCCUGACAGCAAGAGUUCCUGGUACAUUUGCAUUUUGCGAGGCUCUACUUGCAGCACUCCUGGGGCCCUGCGGUCCCAGAAGUUACCAUUUGAGGUACUCAGGGGUCUUCUGAGAGAAUCCACCCUCUCUGGCCCCAGGGACAUUUCCCAGCUGCUACAGAUUUAUCCCACGCUCUGUCGACAAUAGAGACAUUACCAAGUGAGCAUCAGUCAGCCUCUUGACUGUGUAGUUCCUCUUUCCAUGAAGGGCUGUGUUCAUACAAGGAGAAAAAUGCUGAGCGAGUUUACCAGGGAUUGGAGGGCAACAGGAGCCAGGGCCCACAGAGAACCCCCAGGCUCCCUGCCGGUCCAGGAGCCCGGAGAGCUGCCUGGACUGGGAAAAGCAGGAGGAGUCUCCCUUCCAAAGGAAGUCGAUCACUCAGCCUGGCUCUCCUUUUUGACCUGCAGGAACUUGAGAAGGGCCAGAAGGGUCUGACUUGCAACCCUUUCUCUGCUCAGGCUGUCCCUCCUUUCAUAGAAACGAGUGCUCCUAAGUUGGCCUAACAUCACCAAGGGAGUUAUUUUUGAUGUGUGGGUUGCCAGACCUUCCACUUAGACUGAAUGUGAUGAAAAGCUCUUAGAAUUAUCUGUGGAAUACUGGUUUGGGAGGGGUGAUACCAGAAGACUGUUCGACUUCUUUUUAUUAAAGUUGCUGCCUCCCAGUGACCUGGGGAGAGUGAGAAAAAUAAAGCAAUUUCAUGGUGA